AUGGUGAAUACGGGAAAGCCUAGCAUGGCUUGUGCCACUUGCAAAACACGCAGGAUUAAAUGUGAUCGGCUGCAGCCUGAAUGUUCUCAGUGCAUACGCUCUGGUUGGACGUGUCCGGGAAUACCCUCUACCGCCGAUAUCAUGUUCCGGCACCACCGUACACGUCGAGCGCCUGGAGUCUCUCAGCACGCAAGUAUUGGCCAGCCGCCAGAACCAAGAGAGAGACACAGGAUUAUCGACUUGUCACCUGCAGUUACAGACAGGGCCACGGCCUUCUUCCUGUAUCAGUACGCAUUUAGUCCCGAGCUCUGUUCCAGCACUGGCAUCUCCCCAGGAGUCCAUGAGCAUCUGCCAGUCCUCCUUCAACAUGAACCACCUACGGGAGCGCUUAAUACCAUCGUGGCAGCCGCGGGACUUGCCGCUUUGGCGAAUGCUGGAGCUUCAGCGCCGUGGAAAUUCGAUGCCUAUCGUUCAUACGGGAAAGCUCUCGAGCAACUACGCGUCGAUCUCAAAGAUCCGGUUCGCAUGAAAUCCGAUAGCACAUUGGCGGCUGUCAUGUUGAUGGGUACUUUUGAGAUGAUCUCGGAUGGUGACCUGGCUUCGAUGGAAUCUUUCGGCCGCCAUAUUGUAGCCGGCGCUCAAUGCGUUCAGCUUCGUGGGCCAAGCCAGUUCCGUAAUUUAGUAUCUGUCAUUUUAUUUAUUCAGCUGCGUCGUCUUAUUAUCAUGACUUGCCAUCAACUUCAGGAGCCCUUGCCUUACACUCUCAAGGUGUGGUCACGAUGGACUGAGAACCCUAAAAAGAAAGAUGAGGCUUCUCUGAAUCGCUUUUCCGAAUUAAAUGAGGAACUCGCAGCCGUCCGAGCUGAGAUCAAGCAGAGGGCCAUACAAAGUCCUGCAGUUGUGGCUGCUAUGCUGGAGCCAAUCGACCACAAGGUCGAAGAUUGGAGGUCGAAGCUUCCAGACUCGUGGAAUUUUAAGUCGUACAGAUCUCUAGGGCCAAGCGUCAAUCCAGCGGCUGGAGGUCAAAUGUUUCAAUAUGACGAGUAUCCGGAUUUCUGGGUUGCUUCCACUUGGAAUAAUUACCGCAUGGUUCGUAUUCUGAUUCAUGAGUCCAUAUUGAUGACAACAAUGAAAUACGGCACAGAUGAGGAGAAGAGCGGGCUCAAACACUCAGCCAAGGUACUGGCUGAAAUGACAAACGGAGUUUGCUCCAGUGUGCCGUAUAUUAUGGGCGACAGGUGCAGGAGACACUAUUCGAGAGCCAGCUUCGAAACUCUAAGGCCAGACUUGAGACGAGCGAAACCGGGUGGAUACACGCUGUUAUGGCCAUUGUUUCUAGCCGGAUCGCUGAGCACUACUCCCAAAGACCAGCGAGACUGGAUUGCCCUUGUCUUGCGAGAAAUGGGCCUACGCAUGGGCAUGCAGCUAGCCAUAUCGAUGGCGAUAAAACUGGAGCAAACAACCUCGUCAUUUUCGGACCCUGACCUGUGGCUUAUUGGCGAGUUUUUCCCUAGGUAG